AUGGGUAUUCUCACCGUGCUUCACGCGCACUGGUUGGCGCUCGCUGUUGUUUCAUUUGGGUUAUACAUUAUCCAAACCUGGGUAGUAUAUUAUAGGUUGCGAAAAGUGAAAGGUCCAUGGCUCACAGGAAUAUCAGGCUGGCCACAUUGCCUAGCCAUAUUGAGUGAAAGAUGCCAUGAAUGGUAUGAAGAAGCGAAUCAAAAACAUGGUCCAAUUGUGCGAGUCGCACCCAACUUACUAGUCACUUCGUCCCCCAAAGUCUGGGCUCAUAUCAAUACCCAUCCCGGGUAUCGACGAUCUCCUUGGUUCUACCAGGCUUGCAGAAUCGGGUACCGCCAGGACAAUGUAUUCUCCUGCACAGAUGAAGAAAUUCAUAGCAGAAAGAGGAAACAAAUGGUGGCUGGGUAUUCUGGCCGAGAGAACUUGGAGAUGGAGAUACCAAUCGACGAACAGGUCCAGGAGCUCGUAGACCUUCUUCGGUCUAAAUACCUAUCCACUCAAGAGGCUAUCGUGCCCGUAGACCUAGCUCAGAAGGUUCAUUACUUCACCCUUGAUGUCAUAAGUAGUAUCGGGCAUGGCAACACGUUCGGACUGCUUAGGACAGACGUUGAUGUCGACGAUUACCUCAAGUCGAGUCAUGAGGGCAUGAAGAUGUUCAACGCUUCUCUUGCCCUGGGCUUAAGUUGGCUUGCUCACGCGCCCAUCAUUGGCGCAUUCAUCUCCCCAGCACGGACGGACAAACGUGGUAUCGGUAGAAUAAUGGACAUGUGCUUCAGCCAUGUGGAUAAGCGGCUAGCGGCACCGAACGACAAGAGAUCUGACAUGUUGGCCUCUUUCAUACGGCAUGGCCUCAAGGGCCAGGAGCUUCGCAUAGAGUCUGUUGAACAGUUCAUUGCGGGCUCUGACACCACUUCAGCAGGCCUGCGCAGUGCUCUUCUCCACAUCAUAACAAACACACGAGUCUAUAAGAAACUUCAAAAAGAGGCCAAUGAGGCAGUGCGUGGCAGUAUCGUACCAAAAGCUGGCGAGGGCAUCAUCACCUCCAACCAAGCCAAACGACUUCCGUAUUUGCAGGCCGUUGUCCGCGAAACCUUGAGAGUCUGGCCCCCAGUAGCAGUUCUUUUCUCCCGUGAUGUUCCUCGAGGAGGAGACACGGUCGAGGUCGAGAGCGGCGAGGAAGUACAUCUUCCAGGGGGUGUCAGCAUUGGAUACUCAGCCCACGGAAUGCACCGUAAUGAAGAGAUUUACGGCACUGAUGCAAAGUGUUUUCGGCCUGAACGUUGGUUUGAAAGUGAUACAGCUAAAUUAGCCGCCAUGCUCCGCACGAAUGAUUUGAUCUUUGGGCAUGGUAGGUUUCAGUGUCUAGGAAAGGUCGUCGCGCAGAUGGAACUAGGAAAGCUUUUAUUUGAGAUUGUCAGCAAUUUCGACAUUGCUCUCAUUGAUCCGACGAAGCCGUGGAAAGCGAGGAACUACAUGGGACUAUUCGUGAUUUCGAAUAUGUGGGUGCAGGUAAUGGAGCUUGAUGAACAAGCCAAGGGCUAA